CGCCUUGCGUAUACCCAGUCACCUUUCUCUCUUCGUGACCGUAGCAUAUGUUUUGCGACGUCGAUGGAGCUCUCGCGGCUUUGAAACGGCGCCACAUUGAAGCUGCUGCCUCCGGCUCCUCGCUGCCUUCCACCUUUUCUCUCCCCCUUCUACCCUGUUCAAGAUAUUUUUCACCGACGAAUUUUUACUCGGGCAGGAGUAACGCGACCGAAGGAUCAGUCAGUGUUCGUUCGGCCGGGAUAUCGAGCUCGGUAAAAACCGUAAUCGAAAGGAAAAACGAAAGGAAAUCGCCGCGGCAGCAACGUCGCGCGGAGUCGGCCGCUUCACGCGAUAUCACCGUUUCACCGGUUUUGUUUAUUUCAUCCUCGCUGUACGCACGCGUCCACCGAAAAUUUUUCACGCGUAUGUGCGCGAAUUCUUCAACGUUCGAGUAGCAUCAGGAAUUUGUUUCCAGCGAGUAGUAUCAAGAAGACCAACAUGAUUAUCGUGAGCAGCGUGUUGCUCCUGCUGGCGGUCGUAUCCAGAGUGGAGUGUCAGAGGACCAUCCCGAGAAGCGCCAGAGCGAGCAGAAACGAAGCCGCGUUGGAGUUCGAGUGCCCGGAAGAGUUUGGCUACUAUCCUCAUCCACGUGACUGCACGCAGUAUUAUGUGUGCGUGUUCGGUGGUGCCCUGCUGGAAUCCUGCACGGGAGGAUUGAUGUACAGUCACGAGCUACAGACGUGCGAUUGGCCACGUAACGUAGGCUGCCCCGAGGGCGGAUCUCCUACUAAGGAAACUGAAGAAGAUCCGCUGUUGGAAAGGUCGGCAAAGAUCGAGAGCCUCCAGGAACAACGAUCGCAACAACAUCAGCAGCAGAUACGAGAACAGCAGCAACAGCAGAGGCGUGAACAGCAACAACAGCAGCGUCAGAGGCAACCUAUCUCGGCAACGACCACGCCGUCUCCUGUGCAGAUUACCGAGAAGCAGAUCCGUCAGAGACAACAAGCCAGGAACUAUCACGAGGAGGAGUACGAGCCGGCUUCGGAAGUAGAAAGCGACAGACAACAACGUGUCUACAGAGGACAACCCUCGACGAUUGGCCAGGUGCAACGCGACAGGGAUGGCUUAAGAAGAAACGUGAUCUCGGAGAGGGAGAAGGAGAGCCUGGUGAGCACGCGUGCCCAAACGGAAGCCCAUUACAGGACACAAGUACCGUCCUCCGAAUCUCCCAGAGUCGCGAAGAUCCUAGCGUCUACUGCCGCCAGUCCAGUGAUCUCUAAAUCGUACUACAGCGAUCCGGAUCAGAGCUACCCCUAUUAUACCAUUUACGAUGACGACGUGUCCAUUUACAAAGACGACGAUUACAAUCAAUACACCGUGAAUCAAACUGUGCCCGUUCAACCGAGUGUCAAGAUCAGCGAGGUGAACGCGAAGCAAUACCAGAAGCCUAAGAAGAUUGCCGUGAACGAGGCGGACAAGUACAAUCUGAAUCAGGACGUCACGGUCCAAGACUACGAUAUCUACGAGAAUCAGGCUCACCUGAACAAGAACAAGUUCCGCAUUAACGAGGGCCAAUCAUACAGACCGAAUGUGCUCAGCCAUCCCAGUGUCCACGUGACCACUCCAAAUGUCAUCGUCGACACGUUCAUCCCGUUGACUACUACCACUCAGCCGCCGACCACCACGAGAACUUACACCGUCAAUGCGCCCAGCCGAAGCCGCCCGCAGCAGAUCAACCGUGGCACAGCACCACCACGAUUACGGCCAACCUUGAAACCAUCCACGGAGAUCGUGUCGAAAGCGCAGGAGUUCGUCGACAUCUACAGGUAUCCUCCGUUGAGGCCAGCGCCGAUCUACCCGACGCCUCAGGUCGACAAACCCGCGGCCAAGUGUCGCAAGGACGUCUGCUUGCUUCCUGAUUGCAGCUGCGGCGGUGCUGACAUUCCAGGUGACUACCUUCCGGAAGAGAUACCGCAAAUCGUUCUCCUGACGUUCGACGAUUCCGUAAACGACCUAAACAAGGGUUUGUACACCGACCUGUUCGAGAAGGGCAGAAAAAACCCGAACGGCUGCCCGAUCUCGGCCACCUUCUACGUCUCCCACGAAUGGACCGAUUACAGUCAGGUCCAAAAUCUCUAUGCCGCCGGUCAUGAGCUUGCCUCCCACACGGUCUCGCACAGUUUCGGUGAGCAAUUCUCUCAGCGAAAAUGGGCGCGAGAAGUUGCCGGGCAACGCGAAAUCCUCUCAGCUUACGGAGGCGUCAAGCUAGAGGAUGUCAGAGGAAUGAGAGCUCCAUUCUUAUCGGUGGGUGGAAACAACAUGUUCAAAAUGUUGUGGGACACGAACUUCACGUACGAUUCCUCGAUGCCGAUUUACGAGAACCGACCGCCCAGCUGGCCUUACACCUUGGAUUAUAAAUUGUUCCACGACUGCAUGAUCCCACCAUGCCCGACGAGGUCUUACCCAGGCUUGUGGGAGGUUCCGAUGGUUAUGUGGCAGGACUUGAACGGUGGCAGAUGCUCGAUGGGAGACGCGUGCAGCAACCCACCGACCGCCGACGGUGUUUACAAGAUGCUGAUUAAGAACUUCGAGAGACAUUACACGACGAACAGGGCGCCGUUUGGACUUUUCUAUCACGCUGCCUGGUUCACGCAACCGCAUCACAAGGAGGGUUUCAUCUCGUUCCUGGACACCAUCGUCGCGAUGGACGACGUGUGGAUCGUUACGAAUUGGCAGGCGCUCCAAUGGGUCAGAAAUCCUACGCCGUUGCCGCUCCUACAUACGUUCGAACCAUUUGGAUGUAAUUAUCCGGACCGGCCAAAGAAGUGCAACAACCCGAAGGUAUGCAAUCUCUGGCAUAAGAGCGGGGUGAGAUACAUGAAGACAUGCCAGGCGUGUCCGGAUAUUUAUCCGUGGACGGGCAAGACAGGGAUCCGAAGCAGUCGCAUCGACAAUGACGUCGACGCUCACGAAUGAACGAGGAUGAGGAGCAUCGGUGUUACGUGCGAUCGAGGCCCGAAGACGAUGAGUUAGCAGCGUCACAGGAGAAGACGGAACGUUUUUCACAAGCGAUUCGAUUUAAAUCCCGUCCUUAUCAUUUCUCUCCACAAAAAGGAAUCUAGGCCGAGUACGCCAACGAAAUCGACUCGAAAGCACGCCGCACCAUCCUCCCUUGAUCCUCCCCCUUUUCCAGUCGCGAAGGCGCGAGCAAACGGGCUGAUACCUUGUCUAAGAACUAAAAAAAAAAAAUUAUUUGGCGAACAAAAACAAAAAGUCGCCACGCAUGCCGAUUGUAUAUUAUAUUAAUGUACGCCGGCUGCUGCGUUAUUGGAACAUUGAAUCCUGUACAUAUUAUAUUUCCUUUUGAUACGAAACGAGAUCAUCGCCCUGUUAUUCGCAUUUAGCAUUUUUUUUUCUAAUUAGGUAAUCAGUGUAUUAGAUAUUAGUAUGUCGGACGAGGUUUCUUUGUCAAACGAAAUAAUGAAUCGAAGACGAACAUUGUUUCGUGAUGCGAGAAAUAUGAAACUCAAAUCGAUCGGUCGAUGCUUUAUAUUCGAAUCGAAGCAUCGACCGACUCACGAUUCUAUUCCAUAUAGCCUUUCGUCCUGUCCUCCUUUUCUGCAUUCUUUGUUCUCCCUUCGCUGACCCUUCCUCGUUUAGACCAUAUCUUUGGCGUACUCGGCCAAAUCCGAAAUAGAUCAAUUAAUUAAUUAGAUAUAAAGUAUCAUCGCGCGGAAAGUAUGUACUGGUAUGCGUCGGUCGCGAAUGGUAUCCUAAAGAAUACCCGGAUUCGGAGAUUCGGCAUGCGCGGAUAGGUCGCCCCGCGGACGAGAUAUCAAAGGGAUGAACCGAUGUUCAUUCCUCGAAACCAAGUACCGUGCACAUGAGGGGAUCGUCGUGUAUAACUCUUAGAACCUGAAACUGUAAUACGCCUUUAAUCAAUAAAUAUUUCGCUACAAUUCCUAAUAUA